AUGUUUGAUACGGAAGGCCUCUACACGGAACAUACGCUGGCAAAGAAUCUUUACGAGGAUGUAUGGGCGAUAAUUGAUGAGGCAUCCGAGUACAGCAAGACGCACUACCCUGACAUCGCGCCAGAAGCAUCGUUGAAGACUUUCGUGGAUGCGAAAUUGAAGCAACGCGGGUCAGAUGAGCCGCUGCUCGCAUCCGUAAUCGAGAUGUGUGGGGCAUUCAUGGGCGCGGAUUAUGAGACCCAAGGCCUGAAGAAUCUAUGGCUUGAUGAAAGCAUUGAUGGAGACAACUUAUUCGUCGCAUCGACAUUCAAGAAGAUAGUGGAUGAUAUGGCCGGAAUCGUAAUAUCAGGAGCUGAUUUGCGUCUUAAUGCUGAGGUGGUUCGUAUCGAGAAUGCUGAGAGCCUCGAGAGCAGAUCCCCAAAGGAACGAGUGCAGGUGACAACAAGAAACGGUCACAUGGAGGCUUUCGAUCAAGUCGUCCUCACCACACCUCUCGGAUGGUUAAAACGGAAUCGCCGUGUCUUUUUCCCGGAGCUGCCACCUCGACUGUCCCAGGCCAUCAACGCAAUUGGUUACGGGAAUCUCGAAAAGAUAUUCAUCCGCUUCCCGGAGGCAUUCUGGGAUGACGUUGGCCGAGAGGCUGGCCAAGGCAUAUUUCCCAUCGAGUCUUUGUUUCUGAAGCCCAUGUAUGCACCAGAGACAAAUCCAAACCAAUGGCGCCAGGAUAUCAUCUCUUUUUCCGGUCUUCCGGAGCCAUACGCAAAACCUAUCAUCAUGUUCUUCACAUACGGCGAGUGGGGACGCCACAUUUCCAAUUUCAUCAAGGGGGAAGAUCAGGAGUCGCCUGAGUUUUAUGAGAUCCUGGAUUCACACUUUCGGCCCUACUACUCUCGUCUGCCAAACUUCAGCGAGAAGUCUCCUGAUUGCAAGCCCACGAGGUUUCUAGCCACUGACUGGCAAAACGAUGAGUUCGCUGGCUUCGGAUCUUUCACAGAUUUCCCAGUCGGGCAGGAGGAUGCCGCCAAAGCGCCUACCAAAGGCAUUGGCACGGUAAUGGGUGCCUAUCAGAGCGGCGACCAAGGAAAAACAUAG